AACACUAGUGGCAUGUCCCAGAUCCUAUAGAAUGCAGGACAGUGGCACCGUCUCCCAGCCAUGGGGAUAGGAUCAGCACCAUGGACAGCGGCACAGGCGGCAGCAAUAUUCACUUACCACCACUUGUCAUUGCUGUGAGCUACUUGCCGCUCCUAAGAAGACUUUCUGAGACAGAUCAAGUGUGUGCAGCAGAUUUACCUUUCUUCAAGAACAAAAUCACUACGGUCAUAUAAUGCCUGUGCUAAAGAAAGCCACAUUGGAGAAAUCAGAAAGCAAAGGCUGUGAAGCGGCAGAGGAGUUACCCAAACUGCCUGUUCCACCUCUACAACAAACUAUGGACAUGUAUCUGAAAUGCAUGAAACAUCUUGUGUCAGAAGAACAAUAUAAAAAGUGCAAAGCAAUUGUGGAGAGGUUUAUGAUGUCUGGAGGACAUGGGGAAAUGCUGCAACAAAAGCUGCUUGAGAAGAGAGAAAAAAAUGAAAAUUGGAUACACCAAUAUUGGCUUGAUGACAUGUACCUAAAUAACCGUAUGCCCCUCCCUGUUAACUCCAGUCCUGCGGUAAUAUUUGCUCGUCACAACUUUCAGGAUGCCAAUGAUCAUUUAAGGUUUACUGCAAAUCUCAUCUCCGGAGUGCUUGAUUACAAAACUUUAUUGGAUCUGCAUGCUCUGCCUGUAGACUAUGCACGGGGUCAGUUGUCUGGACAGCCUAUGUGCAUGAAGCAGUACUACGGGCUUUUCUCUUCUUAUCGUCUUCCAGGGUGCACCAAGGACACACUCGUUGCUCAGGAAAGUAGUAUUAUGCCGGAACCAGAGCAUAUAAUUGUUGCGUGUAACAACCAGUUCUUCGUAUUGGAUGUUGUUAUCAACUUCCGGCGUCUCAGUGAGGGGGAUCUAUUCACUCAGCUCAGAAAAAUUGUGAGAAUGGCAGAAAAUGAAGAGGAGAGACUGCCACCAAUUGGCAUAUUAUCAUCGGAUGGAAGAACAGAAUGGGCCCAGGCAAGAGAGGUGCUGAUGAAAGACUCCACAAAUCGUGACUCUCUUGAUAUGAUUGAAAGAUGUAUGUGCAUUGUGUGCCUGGAUGCACCAACAGGCCUAGAGCUAAAUGACACCAAUCGGGCCUUGCAGCUUCUUCAUGGUGGAGGUUAUGACAAAAACGGAGGCAAUCGAUGGUACGACAAGCCCAUGCAGUUUGUUGUGGGAAGAGAUGGUGUAUGUGGAACCAUAUGUGAACAUUCCCCAUUUGAUGGAAUAGUCCUGGUACAGUGUACAGAACACCUUCUGAAAUACAUGAAAAGCAGCCCAAAAAAACUGGUGAGAGCAGAUUCCGUCAGUGAGCUUCCUGCUCCUAGAAGGCUUAGGUGGAAGUGCUCUCCAGAGAUCCAGGGACACUUAGCAUCAUCAGCUGACAAGCUCCAAAGGAUAGUGAAUAAUCUUGAUUUCACAGUGUAUAGGUUUAAGAACUAUGGAAAAGAGUUCAUAAAAAAACAGAGAAUGAGCCCAGAUGCCUUCAUUCAGGUGUCCCUUCAGCUUGCAUUUUACAGAUGCCACAGGAAGCUUGUCCCAACUUACGAAAGUGCUUCUAUACGACGAUUUCGAAUGGGGAGAGUGGACAACAUAAGAUCAUCUACUGCUGAAGCACUAGUAUUUGUAAAGGCUAUGGUGGAUGGGAAAAGCACAGUACCGGAUCAUAAGAAAAUGGAAUAUUUGAAAGAUGCGAUUGCAGCACAGACACAGUACACUAUUCUGGCAAUUACAGGGAUGGCAAUAGAUAACCAUUUACUAGCUCUGAGGGAGCUAGCACGGGAACACUGCAGUGAGAUGCCGGAACUUUUUACAGAUGAAACGUACUUGGCUAGCAAUCGGUUCAUCCUCUCUACUAGUCAGGUUCCUACCACAAUGGAAAUGUUCUGCUGCUAUGGUCCAGUGGUCCCAAAUGGAUAUGGUGCCUGUUACAACCCACAGCCUGAACAUAUGCUCUUCUGUAUCUCAAGCUUCAGUGACUGCAAAGAGACUUCAUCAGCCAUGUUUGCCAAAGCCGUGGAAGACAGUCUGUCUGCCAUGGGGGACCUAUGUGUAAAAUACAACACAAAGCCUCAAACGCCAGUGAAAAACAAAUCAGAGCCACAAAAUGGACACAGAACCUAGCUGACAGAUGAUGUAUUAUUUGUUUUCCAUACUUAUAUUUUUUACUGUAUUUAGGGACAGUGAAAAGGAGUAGAGAAAAAUAGUUUUUUUUUAUAAAAAAAAUAAAGGUUGUAGUUUAGUGAAAGCCAUGUGAUAUUUUGCCAUUUCUAAACAGUUCCAGAAUUCUAGAUAGUUGUCGCCACGAUAGAGCAUUUUGCAGUUUAUAGCGUCUUUGUGGUCCCACACCCUGCUGAAUAGAGGCACAAAUCGUGGCAUUGAGCAGCGAGAUGUAGGGCUAUGAUGGCGUUAUUCCUGGCACAUGCUACUAAGGUUUUCCCUCUGUGAUCUCCAGCAGAGCAUAAACCAAUUACUGGCAAAUAUGAUGGCUUUCCAAUAUUGGUUGAUCCAUGCAUGGCCUAUAUGUAAGAACAUGCUUGACUAUUCCUAAAAAAAAAAGCUUCCUCCAUAAAAGACAUAAUACAUUUUGCAUAACUGUUUUAUAUGAUGGAUUAUAUACAUUUAUACCCUACUGAGGCACCAAGCAUGGGGCUGAUGCAGAGGUGGAUGGUAUUCCGAUGUUUCUGCACUUUUUCCAAUGUUAGGUGUUGUGCAUACGUACUUGAGCCACAGUGAGCAUGUGAUGCGGCUCCAGUUACAGUGGCGUGGACUUCCUGCAGCCUGAUUUAUAGGAGGGGAAGGGGAGUUUUAGGAAAAGGAGGCAUAUGGGCCCCAUUUCUGAGUGUGCUGAAGCCAGCCAAUAUCUGCGUCUUCUGAUACAGGUUUACUGGCCCCUGCAAUGUAGUUGUGUUGGCCAUUCUGAGAUGGCCGACGCCUGGCCGAUUGUGAUCCAAUGCUACAUCUUUUUACUAAAGACGCCUCCUGCAGCUUUUGAAUAAUUUUGCACAGUCAGUGCGUACAAAGUCGCAGCGGCUGCGCAAUAGUGUCCACCUCUUAAUUAGCCAUGCUGGAGUGUACCGAUUUGCUGGAAUGUAAAAUAUAAGUAAGGGUGCCCUAAUUUAAAAAAAAAAAAAAAAACAUCCAUGCUUUACAUUUUGCAAUCGAGUUCAGCAAAACAGCUGUAGGAUUCAAUUCUUAGCAAUUCUAACUUGCUAGCAAGAGUCUAGAUUCUGGAAUAGUAAGAAUUAGGAGUUCCAGAAUUCUAGUUGCAGAAACUGAGAAAAAAGAAUGAUGCACUAGGGAGUCCUACAAACAAAGAGCCCUCUUGUGGUUUGCGCCAGACGACAAUUUUUCAGUUGGCUGGGAAAAAAUAAGUAGUUAAUUUUUUUUUAAACAUACUGUACUUGCCUAUAGCAUUUCUUCUCUGACAAACUCACAAUUCAAAAGAAAUGUUAACUACUUUGCCUAGGAUUAAAAAUGCUCUGAGUAACUGACAGAUAAGUGUGACAUUUAGACAUGAGAUGACAUUCAUUUUAAUGUAGCAGUAUUUAUUGCUAGUGUUUUCUACAUUAGCUCCUAACUCUGUGAGCAGUGUUAAGCAUGACUGUAGCUACCAGCGGUGGCUCCUACCUGCCUGUGGUAGGGGGACUGCCACUCACCGUGCCUGCCCGGACAGGAGGAGACAGUCAGCCCCUGUUAGCCAGGUCCUGGCAUCUGCACAAUGGAUCUGGCAGGUGCUGGUGCAUGUGCACAAGCGGCGGCCGGACUGUUAAAGCACAAAACACUGGCUUCUAUGGGCUGCAUCAGCUGUGCCCCAUAGAAGCUGGAUUAGGCUGCAGGGAAUGGAUUUAUAAUGGAAGAAUGCUCUCUGCUAAUUGCAGUCCAGUCUGGCAGUCCCAGAGGGAAAAAAACACCUCCCCUGGGCCUGCCUGUAGUGUCUGUAACUGACAGGUAGAACUUCCAAUAGGAAGUCAUUGCCAGUCACAAUGAAGGCAGUGCAGUCACGGAUUGCAUCUGGGUUACUGACACUGAGCUGAAGUGGCAGAUCAUUUUACUAGGGGGGGUGGCUGCAGUACUGCAGCCCACAGGUAAAAUCCGCCGCUGGUAGCUACCAAAGUAAAUCCAUUUGAAAUGUCUUAGCCUGUAACAAUUAGGGCCUAAUUCAGAGAUGGACACAGUUCACUUUCCUGCUGCAUCUUAGGACGUUGCAGCAAUGUGAAAACAUGGCAAUGCCGCAGGAGGCGCCUGAGGGAAAAACAAAAGACACCUCCUUCCAGCAUCACAGAUCCAAGUGCUGUGUCCUAAGACUCAGUAGCCGAGACCAGGAAGUCUGUGUUGGAAGACGCGGACCCUGGCCUUAGCACUCAGAGAAUACAGGGGGGACAAGGCCCCAUUUUUCGGGACAGAGGCUGGCACCUGCAAAUCAGGCUGCGUCUCAGGGAGCAGUGCGUGCAACAAUGCAAGUCCAACUCUGCACAUGCACAGAACGGGUCCUGCUCAAGCGCCCCAUCAUUGUCUGGGGGGCAAUUCAGAGAUGGACGCAGCCGUGCUUCUGUAUGCAGUGGCCGCGUCCAUCUGGUCUGCACAUGUGCACUGGAUGCACGUGCGCGACCCUUCUCCUUGUGGCCACAUUCUGGAGGGAUGCUGCUGCACAUGAUUGACAGCAGUGGGCAUUUAGGGGGUGGCAUCUCAGCGUUUCGCUGGUGUGUCGGCCAAAAUGGGAGCGUGUUGUGCAACUGCUCUGAUAAAAGUUGUGGGGGACCGCCUGCGCAGGGGUCAACCUUAAAUUGAUGCAUCUGCAAUGCAUCGUGAGGCGGCCCCCCAGCAUGUGAGGCGAAGGUCGCAGAUCUUGCUGCACAUGCAAUGAUCUGCGUCCAUCUCUGAAUGACCCCCUGAAUCCCUUAUUCACUAAUGGAUAAUAAACACUAUGCUGCCACAAAGGGAAUGAACGAGCAGCUUUAUAAAAGAGGGGCUGAAGUUGUUCAUCUAUGAGCAGUCCUUUUUCUACCAACAUUUUACAAUGCAGUUACCUCUACUAUGCUUCCAGGUCUAUAGAUUGCAAUAAUAUAUUAUAUGUCGAUAUUCAUGAGUAAAAUCAAAGUAUAUUUUAACGUUAUUUUUUCAUUAAUCAUGUCUAGAACUAGUUAUUUAAAAGAAAAAAAAUUAUUGCAUGUAAUGGUAAUCUCCUGUAAUUAGUAUGUAUAUAAUGCAGUACUUGAUUAACAUUGCUAAGGUCUCAUUAGUGGAACCAUGCAGCAAUUAUGUUGUAAUAAGCAAUACCUAACAAGAAAUUUCCUACAGUAAAUCAAAUUAGAAUGUAUUCAUCGAGUCAAGACCUUGUGUAAGUAAAAUAAGAUUACAUUUUGUAUAUUACGUGACUUAGAUGUGUUUUGUGCCUGCAACUAUUGAAGUAAUCCUAUAAUUGCCAAUCUUAAAGCUGAUGAAAUACAUCCAAGGCCGGUGCUACCAUUAGGCAGCUGCCUUGAGCGCCAGCAUCUUGGGGCUGCUAAUGAUGCCUCCUAGGUCAAAAACAUAUUGGGCAAACAACAUAGGCUAACCAUUUUAGCAUAUCAAAUACAUUUACUUUUAGAUUAUAACAAGAUGGAACAACAAGUAUGAGUUUAAUGAAGAGAUACAUUAUCUGCUCCGGUCACACACACAAUGAGAUGAGAUUCUGUCUGGAUGGGAGGGGGUUUGGAGCUUUUGUCUAGGGUGCCAAGACCUUGCGACGGGCCUGAAUAAAUCUCUUUAUACUGUAUAUAAGCAUCAGCAUUCUGCUUGCCAGGCAGCCGCAUCUAUCUAGUCCGGUGCUGUACUGUACUCUGCGUACUACCAAUUUCAGCACCAGUGGUGGGGAACUUACAGUCCACUAAUAAUACAUACUCUCUGAAGUUAGACAUAACUUUUGCGUCUUAACAUCCAAGCUACAGGUGUAGAUUAAUAGAUCGACAUUGCCUAGGUAGACAGUCUUUGGUUAUGCAUUAUGCCCACAGGUACAAAAGGUCGACAUGAAAAUGGUCAACAUGUUUUUUUGGUUACUUUCCUGUUAUGUGACCACCAUCAGUAGGACCUCGGACGCUCACCACGCUUCGGGCAUGGUGGCUCGCUCCACUCACCACAAGUUAUUAUUCCCAUAAGAUGUUCACAUGGACAGGAAACAAAUCAGAUCCUAAAUGUGGGACAAAAUAACAACAACAAAAUGUCAACCAUUUGUGUGUGGACCAUUUUCAUGUCAACCUUUUGUACCUGUUGACCUUAGGCUCUGUUGAAAGGCACUGUUGACCUGUUGUACAUGUUGACCGUAGGUGUCGACCUAUACAUUGCCAAACUAUCUUCCGGAUACCCUAAUCUGCUAUGAUAAACUCUUAGAGCAUAGAAAGUUGGACAGGACAAGCGCCUGUUCUCAUCUCUCACUCAGUAUCUAUAUCGUCAGGUCGAUAGUCCAGUCUAUGUGCAGAAUGGAACAAUGGAACUCCCAAAACUUGUAGAUAUAAAAAGAAAGUGUUUCCCUCGGCACAGCAACAGAUAGAGAAUGAAAGCAGAAAAUAGUUUGUUAAAUUCACAGAUGGUUACAGUAUUUAUCUGCUCACCUGAUCUCGGUGGUAUACAGACAAGACCACCCAUCCUGCUUGGUCUCUGUUAGGUGUAUCAUACUCACUGGAUCUUUUCGUAAAUAAAUGCAAAAUGCUGAAGAAAAAAAUAAAAUUUAUAUUAAUUAGUAGUGUAAAUGGCGCCCUAAGCAUGAUACUGGGGAACAUAACUCACUGCACUGGAUGGUGGAUUUGUUCUGUGGAGAGAAAAAACGUACCUGCUCGAAUUUCCAAGUAUCAUAUACCUUUUUCUUGCUAAUACCAGGCACAAAAAGUUCACCUGUCUGAGAACACGAGAUACGCUCAGAAAUAAAAGUGUUCCAGAAUAUCGUAUACGGGGUUAAAUCCCACACAUAUACUUUUAUUGAGGCACCAAAGCCAAUUUGUCCAAUAACUUGAGAUAUGCUCAGAAAUAGAAGUGUAUAGACCCCAUACAUAUACAUCCACUAAAGAUACGCCCCUGAUGAAGUCUCUGUGAGAUGAAAUGCGUUGGGUAUUCUAUCUUGUUCUGAAGUGAUCGCCAAUCUACAAAUAUUGGAAGGAGGAUAUCACAAAAGAAGCUUUUAUGUAUCUGUGCAAAUAUCAGACCCCCAUUGUAUAUGUAUAAGGGCUGAUAUUGAAAACAUCCCACACUUAUACGAACACUGUUGAUGCUCAUAUGUUUUAUUAUUUAUUAAAUUUUUAAAUAAAAUAUAUGUUUUGGAACAGAUUGUUCACUUUAUGAAGUUAAAAGGUUAUGUCAAACGAUUUUUAUGCAAUGAAAAUAGGGAACCCAUACUAGUUCCUUAGGGCGCUAUUUACACUACUGUUUUGUGUAUAUAUAUAUAUAUAUAUAUAUAUAUAAAUUAGACACAUUUAUUAACUAAAAUUAGCAAUGAUAUCCAUGAUACAAUGGUAUAAGUUCCAUCACAAAUAACAUGUGAAGAAAAUCGCAGAUAUGUAUGUUCUAUCUGGUGCUGCAACGAGAGACAUUCUUAGUGCAUGAAAAAUUCUCAGUCAAAUACAAAAUGCAGAAAUACAGUACAUCACAUUCAUUAAAACAAGUGCUUUUUAUAAGUACACAGUUCUAGCAUCUUUUUUUAUUAUUAAUUUUGAAGUCUUAUAACUAGCUCCAUAACCAGUGAAAUAAUUUUAGAAAUGAGUAAAAUAAGCAUCUGCAGACUUUGGAAACUACUAUAUAUCUUGUAUCAACCAGGAGUUUGUAAGCGGUGCCGUCACCCAGGGCCAUGGGGGUAACACCUUUGCUGCCCCCACGGCCCCUGCAAUGGGCUUUGUGAUGCAGAGUUGUCCAGAGCACCCGCUGGAAGAUGCUCCCGGCAGUGCUGUACUUCCCAGUGCUUAUGGUCCCGCCCCCUCAGCAUGACAUUAUGUGUCCAUGGGGCAGGGCCAGCAUGGGGCACAAUGACCACCCUGAUCCACCACUGGUAUCAACUUUUAUCUGUGAGUAUGACUUCUUUAGCAUAGGGAAAAAAACUGUUUAAAAUCAUAUUCAUACCAAUCUAAACUAGCAAAAUCCAUGACUAGGACCACAGUAGUUUAGAAUAAUUCUUAUUAUGACUACCUGGAAAAGACAAUUCUCAGUAUGUAAAGUACCUGGUGCAUGUGAAUAUUGAUACAUGCAGGCGAUAAUUCAUUUCUUAUUGUCAUAAAAUUACCGGGACCAAUUCCCGAUAAAUUAUGAAUAUGUCCCUUUAGUCUUCUAUGUUCAUUUUACUUUAGUGCCAAAGUGUAAAGCAAUGUUAAUCACCCUGCCUUCAUUUAAAUACCAUGUGUACAUAGAUAUGUACAGUAUAAUGACAUAUAUAGUACAAAGAUGUGUAAUUGUGUAUAUGAUAUGUACAGUGUAUAAUGUAUAGUAAAGUUAUUAACAGUUGUGUCUUAAAUGAAAAAUAGUUUUUUCCCUUCUAGCAGCAUGUUAUAUAGGAUCAAUUUAAGGCAUCUGAUCAAAAUGAAAAAGUUUAUGUCUCUUAUCACCCGCUGGAAGGGUCGGACUGGCCCACAGGGGUACAGGGAAACUCCGGAUGGAGUGGCCCACCCCCUCCUCUGAGGACCAGGUUCCAGACUGUGCACUUGAGUUAUACAUUAUACUGCACAGGAUUAUGGUGUAUUUUCUACAGUGUAUUAAUCUGGUAAAUUAUCAUGCAUGGAAUAUAUUUAUGAAGGGGCCCAGACCAUACACUCUCUAAUGGUCAGCCAUACCUCUAUGGUGGUGGCCACUCCCCUAUGCAUGGGCCAGUGCAUUCCCCCGGUGGGCUCUUCAUGCCCCAGUCUGAUACUUACCGCUUGCCACAAUGGAAUGUGUAACCUAAUGAAUUGAGGCAAUGCACAGUGAUUCUAAAUGCGGAGAACCUUGUACUGUAUGAUCAAUGUGUUGAAUAAAUACAUAGUGCUGGGUUUUCUUAAAUUGACGUAGCAUUCAUUGUUUCCAAACUUUCAAUUCAUGUGCGCUACUGUGGAUAUGAGCAAAAUGUAAUGUCUGCUACAUGUCAUGGCCCUAUUUCUGAGCCACACGUACAAUGCACGCAAUGCUGAUGUUUAUGUAGCUGAGUUACUGCACAUGCGCAAAAAAUCAAUCAGAAAACCACUACAGCGCAUCCCAUUGCCCUGAGUGUAUGCACAAAGGCGCUAUGGCAAUAAUGUCAGAUGGUGUCAAAAUGGAGGGAAAAGUGAUGGGAUUUCCUAAAUGGUGACUGAAGGUGAACACAAAAAAGUCCAUCUCAUGGGCGAGUUAUGGGAGUGUCUCAGGUGUGUCAGAAACAGCAGCUGCAUUCUCACAUGCACAGCCACUUCCACAGCGCCCAUGUUCAGGUAAAGAGUCUGCAACUGCUUUCAUGUUGGUGCAAGUAAUGAUGGUGCACAGACUGUGGCAUGUGAAGAAUCACUGGUGGUGUUGCAGCAUGCAGAGACACAGAUAGUGGGCGUCCAGUGCUUCACGUUCAGGCACUGGCGUAUUUAAAAAGGGUGCAGUGCACACGGGCCCCUGGGGUCCCCACACUGCACACCUUGCAUCCAUUAUUUUUAAUACUUACCCUCUGGAGUCCCAUGGUGCAGCAGCAGCACUACAGAAAUCACUGGGAAAAUGGCGCGGCACCAUUUUCCUGGUGUUUUAUGCGUGCGCAGUAGAAAAAUUACUGGGAAAAUGGCUGCUGCACCAUUUUCCCAGAGAUCUGAGCAUGUGCUCUAGGCUCUGGGACAGUGCUAGGGUCCCCUACUGCCCAGAGCUACCAGCUAGAGAGGAGGGGGCCCAGACAGAACCUGCAUACAGGCCUCCUCCUCUCUAGAUACGCCCCUGCGCUCAGGUACGUGCUUGCACAUCUAAUGCGUUUGCACAUUAUCGCUCCUGCCGAAAUACACAAAAGCAGAUGCAGCAGCAGCUGCGACCUCUGAAUCAGGCCGCUGGUGUUAACACAACUUCAAGUGCUAAUAUGUUUUGUACAGUACGUGUGACAUUGUCAUUUUCUAUUGAACAUAACCUAUUUUUAUUUGCCUAAGUAUACAUUUAUUGUAUAUACAUACAUGUGAUCCUGUGAAAAUAGAUGAACAGCUAUGAAGUGUUACAUUUUAUUUUUAUAAGAGGACAUAGCAUAUUGUUUUAUGUGGAAUCUAUUAAUGCGAGUGUCUCAAGCUUAGGAAAACAAUGUAUACCCAGAUGUUACUGUACAAAGAAUAAAGGAAUGUUAUUUUGGAA